UUGACUACGCGCACACAGCCCAUUCCAGCGUCCCGGUCCAGUACUGUGAGACCUCCAAGUCCCGAUCAGAGUGCCAACAGUGUCCGAGGAGCGUAAGGGUUUUAGCUUUUGUAGCACCCGUGUGUGCAUUGUGCAGAGUGUGAGUUGUGUUUGUGGUCCACGCGUGGGCAUGGCAACAACGACGAUCGUCAACGGGUAUUCAGCUAUGAGAAGCAACAGUGGCAGCGGCGGCGGCGGCGGCGGCGGCGGCAGCAGCGGUAGAUAUCAGACUGAGGUGGAUACCACCAGCAAAUCACCGCUGGCGGUGAACGAAAACCGAGGCACGGAACCGUCACAACGGCCAGUUGGCAAUGAGCCGUUGAGCGUGCAGCAGCAACACCGUGAAAGGAAGUUUCAGCAGCAGCAGCAGCCUGUUCGUGAACUGCUGGACCGCCGUAUCGCGCCGAACGGGUGCCCCUCGCCACUAGCAGCAGCCGCCCCGGUCGCAAGUCGAAUCCCAACAAACAGUCAGCGGUCAGCAUCACACCAACCACAGGCGGCCCCAGCAAGCAACGCGAUGAGCAGCACCACCCCAGCACCGUUCAACCCGGACCGCCUCGGGCAGUGGCCGACGGCGUCGGAUGGCGAGAUCCCGGGGUCAAUCGCUGGUUUCGAUCGACUCCGUGCCGGAAAGUUCAAUAAGGGACUGUCGUUCAGCAUCGAGGAGCGGCAGGCGCUCGGCAUUCACGGUCUGUUGCCGGCCGUCGUACGCACGGAGAACGCCCAGUUGCAGCACUGCCUCGAGCUCUUGCGACACUACGAGGCUCCGUUGGACAAAUACAUCUACCUGAUGGGGCUACUCGAUCGCAACGAACGCCUCUUUUACCGCGUGCUUGCGUCCAACAUCGGCGAGAUGAUGCCGCUCGUCUACACGCCAACGGUAGGACUCGCCUGUCAGCGCUACAGCCUUGUGUACCAGCAGCCGAAGGGCAUGUACAUCACGAUCAACGAUCGCGGCCACGUGUACGACGUGUUGAAGAACUGGCCAGAAUCGGACGUACGAGCGAUCGUCGUGACCGACGGCGAGCGCAUCCUCGGGCUCGGCGAUCUUGGCGCAAACGGGAUGGGCAUACCGGUUGGCAAGCUAGCGCUGUACACGGCGCUCGCCGGCAUCAAGCCCAGCCAGUGUCUGCCGGUGACCCUCGACGUCGGCACCAACACGCAAUCCAUUCUCGACGAUCCUCUGUACAUUGGGUUGCGCCAUCGGCGCGUCACAGGCCCCGUCUACGACGCCCUGGUACAGGAGUUCAUGGAGGCGGCGGUGCGCCGCUUCGGGCGCAAUUGUUUGAUUCAGUUCGAAGAUUUUGCCAACGCGAACGCGUUCCGCUUUCUCGACCAGUAUCGUAACGAUUACUGCACCUUCAACGACGACAUCCAAGGUACGGCAUCGGUAGCCGUGGCCGGGUUGUUUGCGUCGCUGCGCAUCACACGCACCAAGCUGUCCGACAAUCGAUUGCUGUUUCAGGGUGCCGGCGAGGCCGCACUCGGCAUUGCCGAGCUAUGCGUGAUGGCGAUGUGCAGCGAUGGCCUGAGUGAGGCGGAGGCCCGCCAGCGUAUCUGGCUGGUCGACAGCAAAGGGUUGAUCGUGAAGGACCGGCCGGCUGGCGGUAUCAGUGGUCACAAACACCACUUCGCUCACGAACACGAGCCGGUUGACACGCUGCACGAGGCGGUGAUUCAGCUGCGGCCAACGAUACUGAUCGGGGCGGCGGCCAUUGCCGGUGCUUUCACGCCAACCAUUUUGCGUGCGAUGGCAGACUGCAACGAACGUCCGGUCAUUUUCGCCCUGUCCAACCCGACCAGCAAGGCGGAGUGUACGGCAGAGCAAGCGUACGAGAACACGGAUGGGCGAGCUGUUUUCGCAUCCGGCUCGCCGUUCGCACCUGUCACCUACGGUGGACGCACAUUCUACCCCGGCCAGGGUAACAACUCGUACAUCUUUCCUGGCGUGGCCCUUGGCGUGCUGUGUGCGGCGGCCGCCACCAUUCCCGAGGAGAUUUUCCUAUUGUCAGCCCAACGACUGGCCGAUAUCGUGACGGACGAGGAUUUGGAGCGCGGCAGCCUCUACCCUCCGCUCGAAAACAUCAAAAAUUGCUCGAUCUCCAUUGCGACCCACAUCAUGGAGUAUGCGUACGAACAAGGACUGGCGUGCAUGAAGCCAGAACCGAAGGACAAGGAAGCAUUCGUUCGGUCGCAAAUGUACGAUGCCAGCUACAAAUCUGCGCAGCCAACGGUAUACGCUUGGCCGAAGCUAUAAGGACCCAAACUAACUAACCGAUCCCCCCACAUACUCUGCUUUACCCUAUGUAUGUGCGUGUUGUUUUAUUUUUGUUGUGCAUACUUUUCUGCCUAUUCUUUACUCUCUCUCACUUGGUGUUAGAUCGUUACAAUGGUGGUCGUUUUUCUCAUUAUUUGUUACUUACUUCUCGCACUGAUUCCUCCGUUUCACAUAUUAGCAGUAUAAAAUCUGUGGUUACAAAUCGGUAAAAUCGCACUCUUGGCAUGCAUAAGCCUUUAUCUAUUGAUUAAUACAAAUACAAACAUCACCGAUCACUAAUUCGUAAAUAUAUGCCCUCCCAUAUGCCACUACGCACCGUGUAGGAGAAUGCGCAUAUAAUGCCCAAGGACACGUGUGCGCCAACAUGUGAUGCUGUUUUUAGUAUGUGGAUUAAAAUAAACGCAUUUGUAACUUCA